ACAAAUAAGCAAAGGGGGCAAAAAAUGGCGCUGGAACCUUCACAAAUUGGUUUAGUGAGAGAGAGAGAGAAAGAAGGAGAGAGAAAACGUGAAAGAAAGUUGAGAUUUACGCAAUCACCCAGAUCUUCCCCAUUUCACCACCUCCAUUGCGUAUCAGCUUUCACCGGCAACAAUUUUCCCGAGAAAAUUUCAAUUUUCUCGGCGAAAUUCGAUCUCGUUUGGUGUUUGUUCAAUUACCUUCCUUCCUUUUUUUUUUUUUUUUUUUUUUUUUUUUUUUUUUUUGUGUUGGCAGCGCGCAGUUAAUUCAAUGGAAUAGCUCUGCCGAUCCAGCUCUCUUGUUAGGGUUUCCAGGAUGAGCAGUAAUUGAUGAGUUUGCUGGGAGAAUCUUUUCUUCUUCCGAAACCAGGGACCAAAACUCUUCUUGUUGCACCUGACUAAAAUGUCAGGUUUAGAGGGAUGGGGGAAUCAUGAUGAAAUAAGAGAAAGAAGAUCAGAUUUUGAGAACUCUGAAGAUGAGCGUCGACGAUCGAAAAUUGGGACUCUAAAAAAGAAGGCGAUCAAUGCUUCAAAUAAGUUCACUCAUUCUCUCAAGAAACGAGGAAAAAGAAAAAUUGACUACAGGUUUCCUUCAAUUUCCAUAGAGGACAUACGCGAUGCAAAAGAGGAGAGUGCAGUCCAGAAAUUACGCCAAAUACUCCUUGACAGGGAUUUGUUGCCCCCUGCACAUGAUGACUAUUAUACAUUGUUGAGAUUCUUGAAAGCUAGGGAUUUUAACAUUGAAAAAACAAUCCAGAUGUGGGAAGAAAUGCUUAGAUGGAGGAAGGAGUAUGAAACAGAUACCAUACUGGAGGACUUUGAAUUUGAAGAGUUGGAAGAAGUCUUGCAAUAUUAUCCUCAAGGUUACCAUGGAGUUGAUAGGGAAGGAAGACCUGUUUACAUUGAGAGGCUUGGGAAAGCUCACCCAAGUAAGCUUGUGAACAUCACCACAAUUGAUCGUUACUUAAAAUAUCAUGUCCAAGAAUUUGAGAGGACUCUGCAUGAGAAAUAUCCUGCAUGUUCGAUUGCUGCAAAGAGGCGGAUCUUUUCGUCAACAACAAUUUUGGAUGUGCAAGGAUUGGGAAUCAAGAAUUUCACAAAAACAGCUGCAAGUCUCCUGGCGGGUGUGUCAAAAAUUGACAACAGUUACUACCCUGAGACACUACAUCAAAUGUUCAUUGUCAAUGCUGGUCCUGGCUUCAAGAAGAUGCUUUGGCCUGCUGCACAGAAAUUCCUUGAUGUGAAGACAAUUGCAAAAAUACAGGUGCUGGAACCUAAAUCCUUGUCAAAAUUACUCGAAUUCAUUGACUCAAGUCAAUUGCCUGACUUCUUUGGUGGCUCAUGCACAUGUUCUACUGAGGGAGGUUGCCUUCGGUCUAACAUGGGUCCAUGGAAUGAUCCCGAGAUAAUGAAGCUUGUAUAUAAUACAGAAGCAACAUUUGGGAGGCAAAUCACAAGAAUGUCUACUGACCAAGAGAAAAUGAACUUUUAUAUUCAGGGAAAUCCACAUAAGGGGAAAAGUAGUUAUAUGUCAAUGUCAACAGCAGAGUCGGCCUCUGAUAUUGAUGAUUCAUGUUCCCCAACUAGACAAGGUAGCUCUAGAUGUCCACUUUUGGCACCGGUUCACGAGGAAGCCACGGCAUCAGACUCAAGUGUCUACUAUAGUUGCGAUGAUGAUUUUAGUCAGGUUGAUAAAGCUGUUGAGGCUGACCAAGGACUGGGACAUUGUCACAUUGAUAGUGAGAAUUCAUAUAGUGAGGCAACACCCAAUCUAGAAGGUACUCCAGUGAUCCAGUGGCUUGACAUAAUCCAGGAAAAAAUUGUAAAAAGGAGUUUCCAGUGUGUGGGAAGAGUACUGACGUCUUUGAUGGCCAAACUGCCGAGCUCACCCAUUGAAUCUUGGAGAAGACAGAACAACAUUUAUCCAUCUAAUGUGACAGAAGACACAAUGGAGAGUCGUCCAACUGGUGCUGAAGCUGUCAGCGUAGAAGAUCCCGUCCUUCCGUGUGUACAGCGUCUUCAGAGACUAGAAAAAUUAUUGGAAGAGCUUAACAACAAACCUGCUGAAAUUCCUUGGGAAAAGGAGCAAAUGCUUGACCGAUCAUUGGAUAGGAUCAAGUCUGUGGAGGUUGACCUCGAGAAAACAAAGAGAGUAUUACAUACCACAGUGGUGAAGCAAGUUGAGAUUGCUCAGUUGUUGGAAAAUUUGCAGCAGUCGAAAUUCCAUCGACGGAGGUUAUUCUGUUCUUGAAGAUCAGAAUUGGAACAAGCUACAUGUUGGACUGGUAGUAUAAGAAAUAUAAUGCACAUGCAGAGUACAUACAAGGAAGAACUGCAGGGAAAACAACUUUUAUUGUUUCUUUUUUUCUUUCCUUUUUUGCCCUUUUGCCACGGGGUACUUGGAAGAACCUACUUCACAGGAUCUUUUCCCUACUCAGAUUUCAGACAGUGCAGCAUAUUCCUUUGUCUCAUUUCUCUGUUGAAAUAACUGCACAGCAUUUUUCUCACUUAAAGAGAACACAAGAUGUAGAUCAGACUUUGAUAUAUUGCAGUCAAUAAUAAGGAUUAUUGAAAUUCUUUAAAUGAA